AAUGAAUUAUGUUUACAAAAGGAGUAAAAGAUCAUACAUCAAGAGUUCUUCAUAAACCAAAAAACUUUUAGCCGAAUUAGUCUUAAUUUAAGGUCUGAAUAUCAAAAAUGUAUGAAUUUCUAUAUUUGAAAUAAGGCUGCUUAGAGAUUGUAGAUUAAGUACGCAACUGCAAAAUCCAUAAUCAUAUAUUACAAAUAGAAUGUAAUAAAGCAAUAAAAGAUUUGCAAAUCAGCAAAACGAUGUUCGUAUGCUUCAAUAAAAAGUGCUAUUUCAUAUUCGAUUGUAUCAAAGAUAGCUGGAUAAGAAGUUAAUUCGAGAAAUAUUCACUUCCUUAAAAUGGAAGUAACUAAGCAAUGA